GUCUUAUGUAUUUCUCAUCUAUCGCUUUUAUUUCUUUGGUGUCACAUGUUAGUAUUGUUUCUCUCUGUUUUGAUGUGCAGACAGAAGUGAUUUUCAUUACAGUGUUUUAACAUAUAGUUUAGCAUCAAUAAACAAUGUGGAUUUCUGUGUCACUCUUCGUGCUGACUUUGUCCGCACAGGUGUGGUCCAACGUUUGUCCUUGUGCACGGGAAGAACUCUGUCAGCCCAUUCGAUCGCAGCCGGCGUUCGAGGUUUUUGUAUUUGAUGUUGGGAAAAAGGCUUGGAAGUUUUAUGACUGGACUAAAGUGACAACAGUUGCAGCUUUUGGACAAUAUGAUGCUGAACUCAUGUGUUACGCUCACUCUAAAGGAGCUCGAUUGGUCCUGAAAGGAGAUGUGCCACUCCCAGAUAUUGUGGAUCCAGUAAAUAGGACAGCUUGGGUCCAGGCAAAGGUCCAGUUGGCAAAGAGUCAGUUCAUGGAUGGAAUAAACAUAGACGUUGAGCAGGCGGUGGAGACCGGUUCCCCUGAAUACUAUGCUUUGACAGCCCUUGUCAAGGAAACCACUGAAAGUUUCCACACAGAGAUCCCAGGCUCUCAGGUAUCAUUUGAUGUGGCUUGGUCGCCCAAAUGCAUCGAUAAGCGUUGCUAUGACUACCUUGCCAUUGCCGAUUCAUGCGAUCUCUUGUUUGUUAUGUCCUAUGAUGAGCAAAGCCAGAUCUGGGAGGAUUGUAUAGCCAUGGCCAAUGCCCCCUUCAAUCAGACAUUGACAGCCUAUGAUCAAUACAUCAGCAUGAACAUAGAGCCAAAGAAACUUGUGAUGGGUGUUCCAUGGUAUGGUUAUGACUACAGCUGCCUAAAUUUCUCAAAGGAUGGAAUAUGUACAAUUCCAAAAGUGCCAUUCAGAGGGGCUCCAUGUAGUGAUGCAUCCGGCAAACAAAUUCCAUACAGCAUCAUGAUGAAACAGAUCAACAGCUCCAUAUCAGGAAGACUGUGGGAUGAGAACCAGCGAGCUCCAUAUUAUAAUUACAAGGACACAGAAGGCAGGGUCCAUCAGGUGUGGUAUGAUGACCCAGAAAGCAUUGCUCUGAAAGCUGUCUAUGUGGCACAACAUGGUCUGAAAGGAAUCGGAAUGUGGAAUGGAAACCUCCUGGACUACAGCAGUGAUCCAAUCGCCCAGCAACAGACUAUGGACAUGUGGAACGCCCUUAUACCCAAAUGAACACAGGGAGUCUGCUGCUGUCUCAUAGGAUUCUCUGUUUCUUUUUGUCAAUAUUUGCAUAAAAAAUUUUAUUGUUUUAUUAUAAACCGAAUAAAUGGCACAUUACUUGUCAGCAACCCUACUAAAAGCUUAGAUUUAAUUGAACUUUAAUUGACAUUGGCACAUUUAUUACAUGUAAUCAUUUGCAUGAACAUAAUUUCCCUAAUUCAGUACUGCGUAUCAUGAUUCUAAAUCGGAAUUUUGUAGUUAAUAUGUUAAAGAUGAAGAGUGUCAUUUUUUUUGGAUGUCGUAACCCAUCUUAAUGUCUGCAAUCAAUUAUAAGUCAGACAUUCAUAGGUUGGUUUCCCCAAAAUGUGUAAACACUGUGAUGCUUUCAAACCAUUGCUGUACAUCCUGAGCUCAACCAUCUCUUUAGCCGAUCACUGGAGGAGAGAGGAAGUGUUCGGGAAACUAAUUAUUUUUGUACAUUUGGUGAUGUUAAUGGUGCUGCAGAUACUACAUACUUCAUUUUUAAACAGCCAGACUAAAUCCAGGAAGCAGAUUUACACAUUACUCAAAUUGCAAAACAAUAUCUGUCAAAUCUCUUAAAUACUAUCUUUUGUGCUUUGUGUAAAUGUAAAAAGUCUUUUAUACAUAAUUUCAUUAUUUUCAGUGAAAGCUGAAUCACAACUUUUGUCCACAAAGAAAUUUAAAUUCUAAGAAAUCUAAGCACAUAGAUGUGUAUUCUGUGUUUCCUUAAAACUGAGCUCUCUUUUGCAUCAGUUCUGCUCUCAGGGAUCGUAGUUCUGUGGCAGCUUGCUUUCUCAACUAGACAAAUAAAGAUUGAUAAAUAAAUAAAUAAAGUGCAGAAAGUAACAACAGAAUUAACCAGGGCAUGUCUGUUUGGUACAGUACCUUGAUCUCUGUAGCCAGUUUCAUUUUAGCAUCAUCCACAUUUUUCCACAGAUUAUCAAUUUCACUGCUCUCCAUCAUAAUCUGGAUUAUCAACUCAUUCUGUAAAUGCAAAGCAUUAAAGCAGUUUUUGCUUUAAUUGAUCAAAGUAUUAAAUUAAGAAAGAAACGGCAGUUUCUUCCCUGUUGAGGAGUUCUAUAAAUAAAGCAUGAUUGGGUCAUUAUUUUACUGAAAUGAGAGUAAUAAAAUGAAAAAAACUACCUUCAA